AUGGCAGGCAAGCCACAGUCAGAGUCACAAUUAAAACUUGCUGCUGCAACUCAAAACAAAGUAACGGCAGAAUAUGUAGUGAAAAUUGAGCACUGCAAUCACUUUGGGACUCUACACGGAGGAUUCACAGCCACAGCUGUUGAUUUCAUGACAUCUCUAGCCCUCAUAGUAGAUGAAGAAGAUUCCCGCCCUGGUGUCAGUCUUAAUCUCAGUGUAAAUUACAUGAAAGCUCUGAAGGUUGGGGACAAAGUCACUUUAGAAGGAGAAGUUAUGAGGAAAGGAAGAUCAGUAGCAUACACUACUGCCCGCAUCUUUAAUGAAAAAGGAGACCUUGCUGCACAUGGAACUCACAUUAAACAUCUAGGACAUUCGUGAAUUUUAAAUAU